GUCGGCCCGCCCCCAGCCCGCCUCCCGCCCGCACCCAGGCGGGCACCGCGCGGCCUGACAGCCGGGGGGCCCCGGGCGGCGGUGCUAUGGGGUCGGGGUCGCGGAGCCGGGACCGGAGGGACCGGGAGCGGGACCGGGAGCGCUCCGGCAGUGAGGGGAAGCGGCGGCGGAGCCGGAGCCGGAGCAGGGGACGGCGGAGGGAGGCGAGCUCGGGUUCUGACUCCGAUGAUGAAAGACAGAAAUGGAAGAAGAAAAGCAAAAGCAGGGACCAGCACCAUAAAAGCCAAAGGAAACACCGCUCACGGUCCCGGGGUCGUUCCUCCGACUCAAGUGCAGAGCGAGAGCGAGACAGAAGGCGAGCGCGGAGCAGGGACAGGCGGAGGAGGAGGGCCAGCUCCAAGUCCUCUGUGUCCUCAGUCAGCUCAUCCUCCCCAUCACGCUCCCGGGGCCAGGAGGAGUCGGGGCAGCAGCUGAGCCUUCAGGAGCGCUUGAAGUUGAAGGAGGAGAAGAAGAAGCAGGCUGCACUCAUGAAGGCCUUGGAGACACCUGAGGAGAAACGAGCCCGCCGGCUAGCCAAGAAGGAGGCCAAGGAGAGGAAGAAGCGAGAGAAGAUGGGGUGGGGGGAGGAGUACAUGGGCUACACCAACACAGACAAUCCCUUUGGGGACAACAAUCUGCUGGGCACCUUCAUCUGGAGCAAGGCACUGGAGAAGAAGGGGAUCAGCCACCUGGAUGAGAAGGACCUGAAGGAGAGGAACAAGCGAAUCCAGGAGGACAAUCGCCUGGAGCUGCAGAAGGUGAAGCAGCUGCGCCUGGAGCGAGAGCGGGAGAAGGCGAUGCGUGAGCAGGAGCUGGAGAUGCUGCAGCGGGAGAAAGAGGCAGAACACUUCAAAACCUGGGAGGAGCAGGAGGACAACUUCCACCUGCAGCAGGCCAAGCUGCGGUCUAAGAUCCGGAUUCGGGAUGGAAGGGCAAAACCCAUUGACCUUCUGGCCAAAUACAUCAGUGCAGAGGAUGACGACCUGGCUGUGGAGAUGCACGAGCCUUACACCUUCCUGAACGGCCUGACUGUCUCCGACAUGGAGGAUCUGGUGGAGGACAUCCAGGUUUACAUGGAGCUGGAGCAAGGCAAGAACGUGGAUUUCUGGAGAGACAUGACCAUCAUCACAGAGGAUGAGAUAGCCAAGCUCCGCAAACUGGAGGCCUCUGGGAAAGGAGGGCCAGGGGAGCGGCGGGACGGCGUCAACGCCUCUGUCAGCUCGGACGUGCAGUCCGUGUUCAAGGGGAAGACCUACAACCAGCUGCAGGUGCUGUACCAGGGCAUCGAGAGCAAGAUCCGGGCGGGAGGACCCAACCUGGACAUCGGGUACUGGGAGAGCCUGCUGCAGCAGCUGAAGGCCUACAUGGCUCGGGCCAGGCUGCGGGAGCGGCACCAGGACGUGCUGCGCCAGAAGCUGUACAAGCUGAAGCAGGAGCAGGGUGUGGAGAGCGAACCGCUCUUCCCCAUCAUCAAGCGGGAGCCGGUGUCCCCCAGCGACAGACUGGACGCAGAAGAGAGCAUCGUGGUACAGCCGGGGCCAUCCUCAGAGCCGGAGGCUGAGCAGGACGUGGAGGUCAAAGAAGAAGCGGAGGGGGAAGCCGUGCUGAUGGAGGAGGACCUGAUCCAGCAGAGCCUGGACGACUACGACGCGGGGAAGUACAGCCCCCGGCUGCUGGGCACCAACGAGCUGCCCUUCGAUGCCCACGUGCUGGAGGCGGAGGAGGACGCGCAUCGGCUGCUGCUGCUGCGCCAGCAGCUCCAGGUCACAGGCAACGCCACCGAGAGCGCCGACGACAUCUUCUUCCGGAAGGCCAAGGAGGGCAUGGGCGCGGACGAGGCGCAGUUCAGCGUGGAGAUGCCGCUGACGGGCAAGGCGUACCUCUGGGCCGACAAGUACCGGCCCCGCAAGCCACGCUUCUUCAACCGGGUGCACACGGGCUUCGAGUGGAACAAAUACAACCAGACCCACUACGACUUCGACAACCCCCCGCCCAAAAUCGUGCAGGGCUACAAGUUCAACAUCUUCUACCCCGACCUCAUCGACAAGCGCUCGACGCCCGAGUACUUCCUGGAGGCCUGCCAGGACAACAAGGACUUCGCCAUCCUGCGCUUCCACGCCGGGCCGCCCUACGAGGACAUCGCCUUCAAGAUCGUCAACCGGGAGUGGGAGUAUUCCCACCGCCACGGCUUCCGCUGCCAGUUUGCCAACGGCAUCUUCCAGCUCUGGUUCCACUUCAAGCGGUACCGCUACCGCAGGUGAGGAGGGGGCUCAUCCCGCGGCCGUGCCCCUGCCUGGCCCCUGGACUCCAGCAGCCUCUUGCAGACUGUUCUCCUUUCCCUCCUCGCGUUUAUCCCGAGGGACUCUGAGACUUCGGCACAAAUAAAUAGGGGUUGUUUUACACCGCC